UGAAAGUUACGUAUCCCAUUCUGGUGGUAGGGGACUAAAGGUUUCCAUAUUAAAGAGUGAAGGCUACAGAAAAUGUGCAGAGGAUUGGCUGCACUGCCCCAGACAUGUCUGGAAAGAGCUAAAGAGAUCAAGACUAAAUUGGGAACUCUGCUCCAGAAGCCAGAACAUGCCAUUGACCUCAUCAUCCCCUACCCUGAAAAACCAGAGAAGAAACCGGAUAAGUUACAGAAGCCAUCCCCUGAUGAAGCACUGCAGUGGCGUGAAUCCUUGGACAAAGUGCUCAUAAACAGCUAUGGCUUGGCUGCGUUCCGGAGCUUCCUGAGGUCUGAGUUCAGCGAGGAGAACGUUCAGUUCUGGAUGGCUUGUGAGGACUUCAAGAAGACCAAGUCUUCUGUGAAAAUGGCCUCAAAAGCUAAAAAGAUCUAUGAGGACUUCAUUCAGACAGAGGCUCCCAAAGAGGUGAACAUCGAUCAUUUCACCAAGGACAUGACUCUGAGGAACCUGGUUUCAGGCUUGCCUACAACUUUUGACCUGGCUCAGAAACGCGUCUAUGCCCUGAUGGAAAAGGAUUCCUUCGGUCGGUUUCUGAGAUCAGACAUAUACCAAGAACUGGUCAAGUAACAACGAAGCCCAACAGAGGGUACUGGCUGAGCCCCUGAAAAAAUCAUUAAAUUUACCUUCAUUGGCUUACUAAAAUGAGUACUCUGAAAGUCCUUGCCGGAGGAUUUUGUCCAUUUACAAGUAAACAUAAAACUGAUAAAAUGAGGUUACAUAACUGACUGCAUUUUAAGCAAAGUUUAAAAGCCUCCCUUAAGACUUGAGUGGAAUUGUAAACAUCUAAGAAUCUUUCCCUCCUUCAUUUAUGAGAAAAUGUUAAUUUGGCAGAAUAUAUUGUCAGAAUUUUAAUGAUGCAAAUUCCUCAGAAGUAUCUUCUAAACUUGUUGGUUUUUUUUACCACAUUUGAAAGAAUAAUGUCUAUGAAUAAGUCACCAUGUUUUUAUUCCUGCUAAUUUUAAUUAAUUUAAUUUUUUUUUUUUUGCCUUUCAAAAAUGCACUUAAAUGGUACUUGUUCUUAAAGUGUUGUGUCAACCUUGUGUUGAACUUACCCCAAAUAAUGACCUCAUACAUAGGGUAUUACAGAUCCAAAUUAGGGGAGAGGGGGGACCAGCCCUGGAAAUUUGCAAGACCCUAAAAGAUGGCCUGUUAAGUUUAAUCCUAUAACCAUUGCGCUACCUUGUUGGGCAAGAUGCCAGCAAUUCUUUAUAGAUAAGCGAUAAACACACAAGCUGGAAAGAAAAUACACAAUAAUUCACAGUAGACCCUGCUGAGAUGAUAUCAGUGGAAAUAGUUGAGGGUUGCAGUAAUGGUUUCUUAUCAUUGUUACCACUGCAGAGUAAGUGCAAAGGAAAGAGUAGCAAUAAGUGGAACUUAAUAUAAAUGUAUACAAUGUUUCUGAGAGGAAAGUUUUACCUUUACUACAAUCAAAGUAAACAUUUUCUAUGUACCUGCCUCAAUUUAGAAAAGCCAUUUUUCGCCUUUCAAAGCUAAACUUUGGUAGUACAUUGAAUACAGAUUAUAACUGUGUUGACCCUGAUUAUUUUUCUUCUUUCUAAUUCAGCUCCUGUCAUUAUUUUUUUUUCAUACAUAUAGCACACAGGAGCUGCCUGAAUGCACAGACAUUUCUUAUUAUUUCAUAGACAUUUUUUAUUAUUUGAAUACUGCUUCACAUAAUCUCAAAAAGACCCUCAAAUGUAUGUUAUUUCAUGACAAUAAAUACCAGUACACUAGAAAUAAUAAUAAUAAUAAUAAUAAUAAUAAUAUUAUUAUUAUUAUUAUUAUUAUUAUUAUUAUUAUUAUUAUUAUUAUUACUAAUACAGUAAUAAUAAGUAUCUUACUGAACUAAGAGAUUAUAUACAUGGUGAAAUCCCUUCACUGUAGGAAAAUAGAAUUUUCCCCUUCCCGCUAGAUUUUAGCAAUGCUGUAACACUAUGAAAGCCAGAACUAUUUCAUAUUUUCCAUUAUAAGUCUUCAUAUGCUUUCAUUUUCAAUAAAACACUAUUCAUUUUAUUAUUAUGUUCUAAUCACAUAAAGCAUUAUAUACACAUAUAUACGUAUAAGCACUGUUCUCAGUUCUAAUUUUUGUCCCAUUAAAGGAAUUUCUUAAAAAAUUCUGCCGGUCAGAAAUCUAAAUAAUCAGGAAUCAAUCAAAUUAAAUUAAAUUUUAUUACCCUGUGGAUAAAAUAGCAAUAUUUACUAUUUUCCAGUCAAACCAAUAAUCCCCAUGCACAAAUAAAUUGUUCUGUGGUAUUUUGGAAUGUCUAUGCUGACAAAAACAAGGUAAAUGACAAUUGUAUUUGCAAGUCAAAGUAAUAUCAGUUAAAAGGUACAAUCAGUUGUGUUUCAUAAUACUCUGUCUUGAACAAGGACUUGUAGAGCCAGUGCUAAGAAGUAUAUUAUACACAUUAUGUGCAUGUAUUUCUUGUAGUCCACAAUAUAAAGAUGAAUUGAUACAUGACUUUCUUCAAGAUGUAUUUAUUUUUUUAUGUAAAUACUCUCAAAUAAUUUUGAGUAUCUAUGUUAAGUUAUUUGCAACAGUUUGAUUUAGAAUUGUUUCCGGUGGUACGGGAAUAAAGAGAUAGGCAGUGCUUAUCUUUGGCUGCCAUUAAACUGUA